AUGAAUCUAAAGCUUCUCAUUCUGCUCUCUCUAAUCUCCGUAUCCCAUAGCCAGAAAAUCUGCUCUAAUGGAUUUACGAUGGUCAAUGACAAAUGUUGGGGAAUCGUGAGACAGUAUAAGAAUCAAGGAGACGCAGAGAGGAUGUGCAAGUUUACGGAUGGAUCUGUUAUGGCGAACACGAAGACGAGUACAGAGAACGAGGCGCUUCUUAAACUCGUUUCCAACGCCGGACUUAAAAUUGUCUGGUUUGGUCUUCAAUGUUUUGAAGAUGCGCUGAAAGGAUGUACUUGGGAUGAUGGAGACCAAAAUAUAAAAUAUACCAAUUUUAAGGAUGGACCAAAGGAUGGCUUUUUCGCUUUUGAUUCUGGAGACGGAAAAUGGUACCACGAGGAUUAUAGUGUCCAAUUGCCAUUUGUCUGUGAGCUACGACCAACUACAAAAGAUUGCGGUACAAACUGUGGCGUUAGUUUCAACAACUAUUGCUACAAGAUCUACGAUCAACAAAAAAGCUUCGACGACGCCGAAAGUUACUGCAAGCAACGCAAUUCUCACUUAGUAUCUACCCACGAUCGUCUGGAAGCCCGUUUUGUUGCUCAAAUGUUCCAGAAACAAGGGAAAUAUUGGAUAGGUGGACAUAUGAAUCAUACGGAUUAUACUUGGGUAGACGGAUCACCUUCCAAUUAUUCUCCACCAAUGCAUUACCAAAAUGGUAGCUGUAUGAAGCUGGAAGUUGACGAUGAUGGAAAUGAUCUGGAUUGGUAUGGCAGGAGUUGUGACGAGCUGUCUAUUUUUAUUUGCAAACGACCCGUCAAACAAUGUUAG